AGAAACCACAACCAACUCUUUUUCUUCUUUCUUUUCUUUUCUUUUCUUGAUUAUCGUGUUAUGCAAAAUGACUAUUAAAGUGUCGGUUCACAUCCGCAACACUGCCAUUAAACAUACAACAGUAUGGCUUGGCGAAGUAAGUGUGCAUCAAUUAUUAAUGUCCCAGUGAAACACACGUUGGCCAACAUUCCUUCCAGGUUUGAGAGCGUUUGAGACCUCGUAGACGCCAAAACAGAAGGAAGAAAAAAAUAAGAUGGCGUUUGAUGGAGAAGACUUUAUGUUGUUUAUUAACGUUAUUUAAAUAAUAAGUGCAUACAUGUACACAUACGUGUCGUUUAACAUAGUACACCUCGUUAAUAUUUGUUUAUAUCCGGAUACAUUAGUCUGAGAGCACUGUGACGCUUCUCGUGCUAGUUAGCUUAGCUUGUUAGCUGCUAACAAAGAGAGGUGGAAGUUAUCAACACAUCGACUAAGCACAGAUCGAGUGUGAGUGUAAAGUGUGAUUGUGUGAAAAUGUGCGAAAGAACUAUUGCAGAGUAUGAGGAGGAACUGUGUCAAGCAAAAGAGGAGAAGGAGCGACAAUGUCAACUACUGGACGCUGUUUUCAAGAAACAUCAAGUUGUGUUACACAGAACAGACGUCCAGCAGCACCCCCACAUUAAAGAGGAAGAUCCUCAUAGCCUUCAUGUAAAACAGGAAGAGGAGGGGCCACAGCAUUUCCACUUUAAAGUAGAAGAGGAGGAUAUCUGGAUCACUGAGGAGGAAACAUGUCUUCUAGGGCAGGAGGGGGCUGAUCUCACCAAGUUUCCACUGACUGUUGUCUCUGUGAAGACUGAAGACCAUGAAGACAAACCACCUGAGUCCUCACAGCUUCAUCACAGUCCAAACGUCUGUGAAAAACAUCUUCUCUCUGAGCAGCAAGAAUGGACCUCCAGGAUGGAGCAGAAAAAACAGCUUCCUCCCCACAUUAAAGAGGAGGAGGAGUCUCGGCCACCCCACUUUAAAGAGGAAGAGGAGGAACACAGCAUCAGUCAGGAAGAAAAGUAUCUUGAAAAACUGAAGGAGGUUGAUGUCACCAAGAUGCCAUUGACUGAUGUUAUUGGGAAGAGUGAAUAUGAUGAGGUCAAAGGUGAAAGUGAGGAGAAGAGAGAGGUGGAGCCUCUAAGCAGCAGCUCAACUCAACACAUGACAACAGAAGCUGAAGGAAACUACUGUGGAGGGUCACAUGCAGAAAAGAUCUUAGCUCCACUAUCAGAUAGUGAGGACACAACGUCACACUCUCCUUACACUGACGAUGAAGACUCUAAGGCUGAGAAGACAUGUCGCACUGACAACAAAAACUUUAAAUGUUCUGACUGUGACAAAACUUUUAAAUACCGUUGUGACCUUAAAGUGCACAUGAGAAUACACACUGGAGACAAACCUUUUUCUUGCUCAGUGUGUGGUAAAAGUUUUGCACGAAAAAAUGUAUUGAAAGAACACAUGCAAACACACACUGGAGAAAAACCUUUUUCUUGCUCACUGUGUGGAAAAGGUUUUGCACGAAAAAAUGUGUUGAAAGAACACACGAGAACACACACUGGAGAAAAACCUUUUUCCUGUUCAAUUUGUGGCAAAGAUUUUGUGAAACGACAGUGUUUUAAAGCACACACGAUAACGCACACCGGAGAAAAACCUUUUUGUUGUUCAAUCUGUGGAAAAGCUUUUGUACACAGUCAAUAUUUGAAUAUACACAUGAGAACACACACCGGAGAAAACAAUUUUACCUGUUCAAUCUGUGGUAAAGGUUUUGUACGAAGUCAAUAUUUGAAAGUACACAUGAGAGCGCAUAUCGGGGAAAAACAUUUUAUCUGUUCAAUCUGCGGUAAAGGUUUUGUACAAAGUAACAAUUUGAAAAAACACAUGAAAAUACACACUAAAGAAAAACCCUUCACCUGUUCAAUCUGUGGUAAAGAUUUUGUACAAAGACCGCAUUUAAAAGUACACAUGAGAAAGCACACUGGUGAAAAACCUUUUUCUUGUUCAAUCUGUGGAAAAUGUUUUACACAAAGUCAGAGUUUAAAAAGACAUGUAAGAUUGCACACUGGAGAAAACCCUUUUACCUGUUCAAUAUGUGGAAAAGGUUUUGUACAAGGUCAAAAUUUGAAGGUACACAUAAAAAUACAUACUGGUGAAAACCCCAUUCUUGUUCAAGCUGCAACAAACUUUUGUUAAAGAUCAAAACGGAUAACACACAUGAGAACACACACAGAUGAGAAAGUGUUAAGUUGCAGUGUGUGUGAUGAAAGAUUUUUUCUAACUACCAGUGUAAGAAACACACGUGUGCUGGUAAGAACAGCAGCAAAGGAAGCUGCAGGAUUUUCAGUCAACCACCAGGACUUUGAUAGCUUUGAAUUUCUAAUAACAACAUUACAAAACAAAUGUGUCACAUUGUUGUGUAUGUAAUACAAUGUUGUUAGUAUGCUUCUAUCAUUAAUAGAUUAUAUAUUCUAGAUGAGUGUUUUUUCAGACAAGUACAUGCAUAAAUAUGCAACAUUGUUUACAUUUAUUUAAAAAGGAACAGCAUAAUCCCGGUUGUGUCUAGAAUAAAAGAGGGAAUUUUCUUUGAGUACAACUUCACGGUGGCAGAGGGGUUAGUGCGUCUGCCUCACAAUACGAAGUUCCUGCAGUCCUGGGUUCAAAUCCAGGCUCGGGAUCUUUCUGUGUGGAGUUUGCAUGUUCUCCACCGUGAAUGCGUGGGUUCCCUCCGGGUACUCCGGCUUCCUCCCACCUCCAAAGACAUGCACCUUGGGAUAGGUUGAUUGGCAACACUAAAUUGGCCCUAGUGUGUGAAUGUGAGUGUGAAUGUUGUCUAUCUGUGUUGGCCCUGCGAUGAGGUGGCCACUUGUCCAGGGUGUACCCUGCCUUCCGCCCGAUUGUAGCUGAGAUAGGCGCCAGCGCCCCCGCGACCCCGAAAGGGAAUAAGCGGUAGAAAAUGGAUGGAUGGAUUGUAACAAACAUCAUGGAAUCAAAAAAAGAUGGAAUAAUUCUCUAAUGGAUCUGGGAUGAUUCCCUUUUCAUGGUGGCUCCACGGGAACUCCCAUUUUCCCUGGAAAACAGAAUUUAGGUCAGCAAAUGGGUCCAUCUCAUAGCUGUAAAGGAAUAAUGAGAGAAACAAAGGUAUGUGUUCCUAAUAUGGUUCCCCUUCACGGCUUAUAGACAUUGUCCUGAGGGAGACAUUGUUCUGACACACUGCUUGGAAGCUCCGAUGAAGGAUCGCGAGAAUUUAAGGCUUUAAAAUAUUAAAAUUCUUCCCUUAAUAUUUGUUUUUGUAUUGACUCAUAUUCUUUUUAACAACAUUUCUUUGAUUUAACCGUAAAAAAGUUACAUUCUCUAGCCAAGUG